CCUUUCAACUUCCGCUUCCGGCUCCCUAUCUGGCCGGAAGUCCCUUCCUUUAAUGGAUCCCUUUGUGGCAGCUCUAAUGGCGGCCGAUCGUUCGGCUCCAACCGGACGGAUCCAAACGGCGACACCGGAACCGGGAACCGGAACCGGAACCGGAAGCGGAUUAAACCUCCCCGGGAUCCUUCAGUUCAUUCAGAACGAAUGGGCGAGAUUCGAAACGGAAAAGGGACGGUGGGAGGAGGAGAGAGAACGGCUGCAGGCGCAGGUGUCGCUGCUGCAGGGGCAGCGUCGGGGGCAGGAGAAGCUUCAGGCCGACCUGGUGCGACGCAUCAAGAUGCUGGAGGUGGCGCUGAGACAGGAGAG